AUAAUGAGACGGCUCCUGGACAAGGGCGUCCCGAUCGACGCGGAGACAGAAAACGGCGACACGCCGCUAAGCCUGGCCAUCAGCGCCGGCGGCGUGGGAUCCGUCGGGUUCCUGGUGAAGGCCGGUGCUGCCCUCGAUCUAGCGGACAAGGUUAUCAUCCGCUUCCUCCAGAACAACGGGGCCACCUUCAAGCUGAUCGACAGCGACGUGAUUGCGGAGUCGCACGCGACCGCGGCAGCUCUCGGCGUCAAGACCGACGCCGACGGAAAGUUUUCGGCAGAGGUGAAACCACCAGCAGUGGCAGCGGCAGGAGCGGUGGAACCACCAGGAGCGGGAGAAACGCCCCCGGUGCCGCCGCCGCGGGAGAGCUAGCGGGGAAAGGUUGGGUGGUUGGGUGGGUGAGGCGCGGAGACCUGGAGUUUGGACGAUGGGUCGGCAAGGGGGUGUGCGGCGAACCGUUGAGCGGGACUAUCAUAGGGGCGUAAACGACAAAUUGGUUGCUGCAGGGUCAUUACCGCCGGGCUGGAGGAUUUGAUCAAGCUUUUGUGGAGGGGCGGGGGGGGGGGNGGGCGGGGCGUGAGGGGAGAGGGGACGACAGGAGGGGACCGGACCAUAGAGUAUCGGGAUGGACGCCGGGGGAUUUUUUUUUUUUUGGCGCAACCCCCAAGCCGGCGCGGCACGAUUAGUGUCCAUAGAAGCCAAUGCCGCCAUGUGUAUGUUUCGUCAUGUAUUUUUCGAUGUUCUUGUACCAAUCGUUGUCUUCUGCUGGACCAGUGCAAUUCCUUCGUAGUCUGUUCAUGUUCAGUCGGGUUAUCGCAUCGUUUGUGGGGUUUAAGAGGAGGGGGGAAUGCUGCGAGAAAACGGGGGAAACUAAACGGGGUCAAGUAACAGCAACCAACCUCUCGGUAUUGGAAUAACAUCAAUGUGAGGGUUCUACCGGCGAAUUUUUACGUCUCGCGAGUUGUGAGCUACAGAAAGAAGGAACGGGGAGCGAGGCCGAGCAAGGGUGUUUGUG